AUGUCCGAUAGUGGUGGAUCCAGUUUAUCUGGUUUGGUAGCAACCUUGGUACCGACCUUGGUUGUGGCUGUCGUUUACUUUGUAAUCUUUUUGACUUUGCGAAGAUCGAAUGUACGAUGGUAUGCUCCGAGAACUUAUCUGGGUGCAUUGCGCGAGGAAGAACGAACUAAACCACUUCCUUCAGGAUGGUUCAAUUGGAUUGGUCCUUUUCGCAAAAUUCCAGACAUUUACGCCCUUCAACAUCAAGGUCUCGAUGCCUAUUUGUUCCUUCGAUUUUUGCGCAUGACGGUGGUGAUUAUGUUUGUUGGUUGCUGUAUCACAUGGCCGGUUCUUUUCCCAAUCAAUGCGACGGGGAGAGGUGGAUCACAACAACUAGAUAUACUCUCCAUGAGUAACAUUGAUAGUUCUACAUCAUCUGGAAGGAAUCGAUACUAUGCUACUUGUUUUAUUGGGUGGAUUUUCUUUGGAUUUGUUCUUUUCCUCGUCACGAGAGAAACCAUCUACUACGUCAACCUUCGUCAAGCUUUCUUACUCAACCCAACUUUCGCCAAUCGCAUCUCUUCCAGAACAGUUCUCUUUAUCUCUGUUCCUGCACCAUAUCUCGAGGAAAGCAAACUUCGAAAAGUCUUUGGAAGUGCAGUACGUAACAUUUGGAUCGCUGCAGAUACUGAAAAGGUGGAGGAACUUGUUGAGAAACGUGAUGAGAUUGCCAACAAACUCGAAAGUGCAGAGGUCAAACUUAUCAAAACAGCAAAUGGCGAAAGACUCAAGGCAAUCAAGAAUGGUGCCAGUCAAGAAGAACAACCGGUCAUAGAGGAUAAUGGCGAAUCGGGAUCAUUGGCCUCCAGAUGGGUACCUCAAAAGAAGCGUCCCACACACAAACUUGGUAAAUUCGGUUUAUAUGGAAAGAAGGUCGAUACGAUCAACUGGGCUCGAAGUGAAUUGGAAACUCUCAUCCCGGAGACCGAAGCCGCUCAAAGUACUUAUUUCGCUGGAGAGACUAAGAAGGUUGGAUCGGUGUUUAUCGAAUUUGCUCACCAAUCGGACGCUCAAAUCGCUUUUCAAACUCUCGCUCAUCACCAAGCCCUUCAAAUGUCUCCCAGAUAUAUCGGUGUUCAUCCUAGCGAAGUUAUCUGGAAAUCUUUGACCAUCUCAUGGUGGCAAAGAGUGGUUCGUAGAUUUGCUGUUGUUGGAUUCAUCGCCGCUCUCAUCGUUUUCUGGGCUAUCCCGGUCGCGGCUGUCGGUCUUAUUUCAAACGUCACAUACUUGGAAAGUUUCAGCUGGCUUUCGUGGUUGAAAGAAAUUCCAAGUUGGAUCAUGGGUGUAAUCUCUGGUCUCUUGCCUUCUGUCGCUCUCUCAAUUCUCAUGUCACUUGUUCCCAUUAUCAUGAGACUUUGCGCAAGACUCUCCGGUGAACCAACCACUGCACGUGUAGAACUCUUUACUCAAAAUGCAUACUUUGCCUUUCAAGUCAUUCAAGUUUUCUUGGUUGUCACUAUCGCAUCAUCGGCAUCAUCGGUUUUGUACCAGCUCAUCAACAGUCCAACUGGAAUUCUUCCCCUUUUGGCAAACAAAUUGCCCAGUGCCUCUAACUUUUACAUCUCCUACUUUAUUGUUCAAGGUUUGACUGUGGCCGCUGGAGUCAUUUCUCAAGUUGUUGGAUUCUUCAUUUUCAAGAUUCUCUACAAAUUCUUGGCCAGUACUCCAAGAAAGAUGUAUCAAAAAUGGACUAGCUUGAGUGCCAUCUCAUGGGGUAGCACUCUUCCGGUUUUCACUAACAUUGCCGUCAUUGGAAUUACUUACUCAUGUAUUGCGCCACUUGUUAUGGGUUUUGCUACUAUCGGAAUGAGUUUGUUUUAUCUAGCUUACAGAUACAAUAUUCUCUUCGUCACCGACACUCAAAUCGAUACCAAGGGUCUUAUUUAUCCACGUGCUCUCCAACAACUUCUCACCGGUGUCUACCUUUCAGAGCUUUGCUUAAUCGGUCUCUUCGCCAUUGGUAAAGCAUGGCCACAAAUGGUCCUCAUGAUCAUAUUCCUCGUGUUCACCGCCUUAUACCACAUUUCUCUCAACGCAGCCAUGGGCCCACUUCUGCACACCCUCCCCAAAACUCUCGAAGCCGAAGAAGAAUCUAUCCGCGGCGAGCUUGAAGCUGGUAUGAGCGGUAGCCCCACCGUCUCCCACGAGAAACACAACGAGAAAAAUGGAUCUAGCGACCUUACUCACUCCAAACCCCAAGGCGGCAUCUUUGCUAAAUUCUUCAAACCGCAUAUUCAUUGCGAUUACGCUAGCAUGCGCACGCUUGUUCCUCACGGAAAUCUCGAUCCCGAAAAUCUCUACGAUGAUGCCACUGCUCGAAAUGCAUACUUUCCUCCCGCUGUUGUCUCCGAGGCACCACUUUUAUGGAUCCCUAGAGAUGAAGCGGGUAUCAGUACACAAGAGGUGGCUCAUACGAGUAAGGUUAUUCCAAUCACCGAUGAGGGGUGUACACUCGAUGAGAAGAAUAAGUUGGUCUGGGAUGUUGAGGGAGCGAGACCACCACUUUGGCAACCAAAGGUUUUCUAUUAA